GCCAUUCCCCACGCCCUCUCCCGAAGUCUCUCCCAAAGAGAAAGGAAAAUAGGAAUAUGUGGAGGUCUUAUCUUUACCAAAAUCUGCAAUGCAAUAGGCCAAUUCACCUAGGAUCUGGGAUCUUCAAAGACCCGACCGGCCUAGGUCUAGAUGGCUUUCACACCACCUUGGAUAUCCUGCUUGCCAUCCAAUAUGUAUUAAUACCCUCCCAUUCGUGCUACCAAAUCUGUUCCUGUAGUAUCGUGUGUGUAAUUCUGCGUGUGACCUUGGACAAGCUUUUACGUACUUGGAACUAUUUUUUGAUGCCCUCGCAAUAAGCCCCAAUGCGGAUUGAUGAAAAUUAUGGCGACACCAAAGAUCACAAUCGCCGCGGAUGACGACACCAUAAAACCCUCGGACUCUAGUGCCGGCGGUGGAACGGAUCUAGGCGGCGUAUACCACACGCGCAGCUUGUCGCGGUCUCGUGGGCCAGGCCUGCGUCGCACGGCUUCUCGCGCGUCUCACGACAGGCGCAGCGACCAUCUCGAAGUCGAAGACGACGAUGACUGGCUCCAAGAUGAUGGGAGGAAGAAACAGGUCUUCAAGGGUUCUGCGUUGCUCUGGCUGGCAUACCAGUCAGUCGGUGCCAUUUACGGUGAUAUCGGAACGAGUCCUCUAUAUGUGUACUCGAGUACCUUCACCGCUCCGCCCAGCUACGAUGACCUUCUCCAAGUCCUCUCCGUCGUCGUCUGGUCCUUGACGAUCAUGGUGACGCUGAAAUACAUCUUGAUCAUCCUACACGCCGACAACCAGGGAGAAGGGGGCACCUUCAGCUGUUAUUCAUUACUUACCCGAUAUGCUAAUAUCACCGACCGCGACCCUCGAGAGGCGCGUCUCGUGAAAAUGGAGCGUCACCUGACUCAGGAUUUGAGUGCUACCAAUCGCACACUUCGUUCGACGAUCGAAAAAAGCAGGUUCACUCGUGGUCUCCUGAAGACCAUUGGCGUCCUCGCCGUUUCGAUGGUUAUCGCCGACGGUGUGCUGACACCUGCGCAGUCCGUGCUGGGUGCCGUUCAGGGUCUCUCCGUUGUAAGCCCGAACAUAGAUAGUCCUACCAUCGUUGGAACGUCUUGCGGCAUCCUAGUUCUCCUCUUCCUUAUCCAGCCUCUAGGGACCUCGAGAUUGGCGUCUAUGUUUGCGCCAAUUGUCAUCCUGUGGCUUGGGUUCAAUGCGGGCUUUGGCAUUUACAACUUGAUCAAGUACGAUCACUCGGUCCUGAAGGCCUUCUCGCCCUACUUUGCUAUCCAUUUCUUCAUGGACAAGAAGACGGAAGCGUGGAAGAUGCUUGGCGGUAUCUUGCUCGCCUUCACCGGUGUCGAGGCCCUGUUCGCGGAUCUUGGUGCCUUUAGCAUGAGGGCUAUCCAGAUCAGUUGGCUGUCCUGGUGUUACCCUUGCUUGUUACUGGCGUACGUUGGCCAGGCUGCCUACAUCAGCGUAAACCCCGAUGCGUACUCUAACCCGUUCUACAACUCGGUUCCCCCAGGAAUGUUAUAUCCUAGCUUAAUUGUCGCUGUGUUGGCUGCUAUCGUUGCUUCACAAGCUAUGAUUACGGCCGUGUUCCAACUCAUCAGUCAGCUGAUGAAACUGUCAUAUUGCCCGCAAGUCAAGGUUGUCCACACAUCGACAACAUUCCAUGGACAACUAUAUGUGCCUUUUAUAAACUGGAUUCUGAUGUGCGGAACCAUUCUCGUUACUGGUGUUUAUUCUAAUACGACUCGUCUCGGAAACGCUUACGGUGUAUGUGUCAUGUUCGUGACAUUCUUCGAUACAUGCAUGGUUACGCUUGCCUCCCUGCUUGUGUGGCGCUUGUCUCCGUUCAUCGUCUUCAUACCGUGGCUUGUAUUUGCCACUGUCGAUUGCUUAUAUCUCUCCUCCUCCUUGAACAAGGUUCCCGACGGUGCCUGGUUUACGAUCACGAUCUCGGGCGUCCUCACCUGCAUCUUCCUGCUCUGGCGUUUCGGCAAGGAGAACCAGUGGCGCGCAGAGGCUGAAGACAGGUUCCGGCCCGCCCAGCUCCUCCACCGGGAAAACGACUCCGAAGACAGCCCCCUUGUCCUAGCUCCCCGCUGGGGUGGCGGUGCCGUCAGCAGAAUCAGGGGAUUGGGUAUUUACUUCGAUAAGGCGGGUGUGCUUACGCCGACUGUGUUCACACAGUUCGUCAGCAAGUUCGGCACCGUGCCUGAUGCGAUUAUCUUCUUCCAUCUUCAUUCCGUCGAAGCUCCGUCUGUGGCCCCAAGUGACCGCUACGCUAUUUCCAGAAUCCCUGCCGUCCCUGGUUGCUACAGACUGGUUAUUCGCCACGGCUACAUGGACGAGGUCAUCAGCCCCGAUCUAGCAGCCCUGAUCUACGAGCAGGUGCGCAAGUUCAUCAUCCGUGACGGGAGCAGCGGCAACGACGAGGCCCCGGUCGGUGGUGCAGAGGAACAGGAGCGCGAGCAAACUAAUGGGCAAACUGAUGAGGAAACUCAGGCCAAGGUUGCUGCUGCUACUACUAGGCAGAACGGUGGAAUUAGGGCAACCCUUGGUCUCGAUGACGAGGCUACGAAGGAGGAGCUCGGCAGACUUGACCGCGCUUACGCUAGCAAGGUCAUGUAUAUCAUCGGCAAGGAACAGAUGCAUGUCAAGGAUCACCAAACUUCGUUCUUCCGCCGCAUUCUCCUAACGACGUUCCUCUGGAUCAGGGAUAAUACGCGUGCCAAGAUUGCGAACCUGAGACUCUCUAUGGAUAGGGUUGUCGAGGUUGGCUUCGUCAAGGAUAUUUAGAGCUACGAGUGGCUACGGUUUUUUGCAGUGUUGGGCGUGUAUUGUGGGAAGUAGAAUAGAGUAGACCGGUUGGGGAUUUGGCUAGAAUGUGUGCUAUAUAGAGUGCUAGA